GGACUGCUUUUUCCUAAGAUGUGUAUCUGCCUUCUGGAACAAAGUAUACAGGUAUGGCCUCACAGGUUUUGGUCUGCCCACCACGCAUUUAUCAAACUCAGACAAGUGCCUUUUGUAGUGUGAAAAAAUUGAAAGUCGAGCCAAGUAGUUGUGCGUACCAUGAGAGAACUUGUCCGCGUACUUAUGUGAACGGACGGAACCUUGGAGUUGCCCACCCAUCACAUGUAGUUAAUUCUUCCUUUCAGUUGAAGAAUUCCAUUGGGAGACCUCGUGGACAGAAUAUUGUGGUGGCAGCAAGUGCCAUUGCAUUGAACCCAUCUUGUGCCACCAAGGUCACAGCAGCGCAGGCGCAGCAGCAACCAUUGGCGGUGGCACCCCAGGGCGAGAGGCCAGGUAGCAGUCUAACCUCGCUAGAGAGCUACCAGAAAUGUGGACUGAAGAGAAAAAGUGAGGAGCUGGACAAUCGAGGUAGUGCCAUGCAGAUUGUGGACGAGCUGUCUAUAAUGCCGGCAAUGUUACAGACGGGUGUGGGGAAUCCGGUCACUGUGGUGACUACUGCCUCAAAGCAGAACAGUGCGAGUGGUGAUGGUGAUUACCAUCUGAUGCAGCAUGAAGUUCUGUGCUCAAUGAAGAACACAUAUGAGGUCCUUGACUUCCUUGGACGUGGGACCUUUGGCCAAGUGGUGAAAUGUUGGAAGCGUGGGACAAACGAGAUAGUGGCGAUAAAGAUUUUGAAAAAUCAUCCCUCUUACGCACGGCAGGGGCAAAUUGAAGUCAGUAUCCUGGCACGACUGAGCAACGAAAAUGCGGAUGAGUUUAACUUUGUGCGUGCCUACGAGUGCUUUCAGCAUCGGAAUCAUACGUGUUUGGUGUUUGAGAUGUUGGAACAGAACUUAUAUGACUUUCUAAAGCAGAACAAGUUUAGUCCAUUGCCCCUAAAGGUGAUCAGGCCAAUCCUCCAGCAGGUGGCCACUGCACUGAAUAAACUAAAGAGCCUUGGUUUAAUCCAUGCAGACCUCAAACCGGAGAAUAUCAUGCUGGUUGAUCCCAUCCGGCAGCCUUACAGGGUGAAAGUAAUCGACUUCGGGUCAGCCAGCCACGUGUCCAAAGCUGUGUGUUCCACAUAUUUGCAAUCGAGGUACUACAGAGCACCGGAGAUUAUUUUGGGUUUGCCGUUUUGUGAAGCCAUAGACAUGUGGUCAUUGGGAUGUGUGAUUGCUGAACUAUUCCUUGGAUGGCCUUUGUACCCAGGAGCACUGGAAUAUGACCAGAUACGUUACAUUUCACAAACUCAAGGGUUACCGGGAGAUCACCUAUUAAAUGUUGGGACAAAAACAACACGAUUCUUCUCCACAGAGACCGACACAUCAUAUCCAGGGUGGAAAAUGAAGACUCCGGAAGAGCAUGAGGCAGAAACAGGAAUGAAGUCAAAAGAAGCUAGAAAGUAUAUCUUUGGCUGUUUGGAUGAUAUAGCGCAUGUGAACAUGGUGAUGGAUUUGGAGGGAAAUGACCUACUGGCAGAGAAGGCUGAUCGUAUGGAAUUUGUCAGUCUGUUGAAGAAGAUGUUGCUGAUCGAUGCAGAGAAGAGGAUCACUCCGGUGGAGACGAUGAACCACCCCUUUGUAACCAUGCAGCACUUGCUGGACUUUCCACACAGCAACCAUGUCAAGUCCUGUUUUCACAUAAUGGAUGUUUGCAGAUGGAGACCGAACUUGUAUGAUGUAAUAAACCGCAAUAAGAUGCCAUUUAUGAGACCUGUUGCCUCAAACAAUGCCACAAAUCUGAGUGUGGCUUUUAAUAAAAUGGGCUCUGUACACAGCCAGCAUUUACCACCAACUGGACCUUCCCUGAUGCAUCAUGGGAUACCACUGCAACCGGGGACCGCUCAGUUUGGGUGCAACGAGUCUUUCCAGCAGACCCUCAUCCUGUGUCCACCCACACUUCAAGCAGGCAUCUCAGCAAACCCAGGUAAACACGCAGGAUUCUCUGUACGAAUGGACAGUGCAGUACCACUUGUUACACAGGCACCUACCAUGCAGCCGCUUCAACUGAGGCCUGGAGUUUUGACACAGGCAUGGUCUAGUCGAAAUCAGCAGCUAUUGAUCCCUACCUGGCAGCAAGUGGCAGCUAUGGCGCCCUCCACUACAUCACUGGCAUCCGAUACUGUGGCUGGUCCACAGAGGCUGGGCGACUGGGGGAAGGUGCAUGCUCCCAGUAGCCAUUACAGUUCCAUGUUGCCACAGCAUCUUUUAACCAACCAAAUGGCACUUUCAGCCACAAAUCCCAUCAAUAUGGGAAUAGCCCAGGUGGUCUGGGCUCAGCCCUCUGCAACUAACCGGAAGAGGAAUAAGCACUGUCAAAAGAGGAGCAAUAUGUCACACUACAGCAACCUACAGAACGCUGCACCACUGUCUCCAAAGAUCACCAACAGUCCAAAGACCAGCGAAUCAGAAGGCUGCCCAGCAGCACAGGACAAUCACAGUGGAAAGGAUGACGGGGACUACUGUCUCCAGGGUUCAGUUGGGCAGGACUUGGAUGGCAACUUGAUCGCCAACAAACAACGGCAGACCAUCAUCAUCGCUGACUCCCCAAGCCCUGCUGUCAGUGUCAUCACCAUCAGCAGUGACACAGAUGAUGAUGACGCUUCUCAGAGCCACUCUCCAGAAGAGUGUAAAGGCAGUCCAGACUGCGAGGCAUGCCAGAGCACCCUCAACAUCGACAGAGUGUGUUCGUUAAGUAGCCCUGACAGCACCCUGAGCACCAGUUCAUCAAAUUCAGCACGGUCCAGCCCAUCUCCCUGCAAAAGGCCUAACAGCAUGUCGGAGGAUGAGCCUGAGAGUGGCUGUGACACAGUAGAUGGAUCACCAACCAGUGAGUCUUCAGGGCAAAACGAAAGUCCCUUUCUGGAAGAGCGAUUCCUUCAGGACGCAGCUAAUCAGAAUUCAGGUGGCAUAAACUCUGAGGGAACAGACAGCAACAAGCCCGCUGUGCGCACCGUGGUGGUGCCGCCAAUGAGAGUGCAGAGCAGCAAUUCAAUCUCCAUAACAGACUUGAGUGAGCAGGUCUCAAAUGCAGAUACGACAUGUCAGUCAUUGAGCAAGGGCCGAUCUGUACCUGAAAGAAUAAGCCAGCUUUCAACUGUAGGUAUUCGCCAGCAGAAGUCUUUCACAGCAUUCCAACAGCAACACAUGAAUUUUGGUCAGCACUAUGGAUCGAUGCCUCAGGAAUGGAAUGGCAAUUAUGGACACCGGAGAAAGCAGGCCUUCAUCGCGCCCACAAUCGCUGGCCACCCUUUCUCUCUCGCUCACGGGAGCCCCAAUCACACUACAGCUCAUGGACAUCUGACCGGAAACACACACCUCGGGGGCCAGCCCGCCAUCUUAUCCUAUCCCCCAUCGGGUCCCCUGGGCAACACAGCUCCCAUGGCCCAUCUGUUGGCCUCCCCAUGCACUUCAAGGCCUAUCAUGCAACCCACGGCCUAUAGUAUUUCUCACCACAAUGGCCUCCUUCACCAAAUCCCCUUUGGUCUCAAUCCCCGUCUGCUGCCUUCUCCGACCAUUCAUCAGAACCAGUACAAACCAAUGUUUCAUCCUCACUCCUAUAUCACAUCUCCCAUCUACACUGGAUUCCCAUUAAGUCCAACAAAGCUCAGCCAGUAUCCCUAUAUUUGAAGAUUACAGAACAAGAAAAAAAAGCAACUGGCCUAAGGCUCAGUCACGUGUAAAGCAUCUGGAAUUGAAGGAACGCGUAACCGAUUAAAGAAUAAUUCCAAGCUGUGGCACAAGAAAUUCAUUUCUUCAUUGUGUUUUUGUUAAUCAUGGUACAUAAAAGGUGCAUAAACGAAAAGAAACAAAAAAGCUGAGCAUUAAAUCAAACCAAGUUUUAAUGUCUUUGCACAUUCGACGAUACAGCUUUUUCAGCCAUUGUGUUAGGUCCAAGGACGUGUGCGGUGAUUCGAAGCCGCAAGGAGCAUGGGGCGAGAGAGAGAGGCAUAGCUCUCCACUUUUGUAUUGCCUUGUUGCGUCCACUGCAAGACAUGUGUAUCUCACACACACACACUUGUGAAGCCAUGCUAUUGACCCCAUGAGGGCAAAGGGUGCAUAUUAUGUCUGCCGGUGUACAAGCAAAUAUACUUGUGGUUUCCCCUGUGUCUUUAGUGUUUUUUCAGUGUUCAGUCAUUAACCUAAAGGGGUUGGGGCCAUUGCUCCCCACACCUGCAUGUGUUUUGCAUGGGCAAGAAUUGCCUGAAAUUGGGUUUUUUACUCUUCAGUGUCGUCAGUAACAAUGGUUUUCACACACAUAGUGCCUUAAAUAUUUUGAGGUUGUUAAUGUUACUAUGUUAUGGACUGUAGCACUUGAAUUCUUAUCUAAUCCAGUGAUUGAAUAAAAAUAGAAUGGGAAAGUAGGAGGAAUAUUAGUGCUUUAGUUUUUCAGGUUUGGCGUGUGGUAUGCUUAUCCUAUCCUUUGAGGAAUAGCCUUUUUUUGUGCUUCGCCGGUUGUGGGCUCAGUCUGCUUUCCUCCUUUCAGAAUGAUCUAGAAAUACCAGAGGUGUAGAGCAAGCAUUCAGAAAUUGACUGAGAUAAUUCAAUCACUGGUUUCUACUUUAAACUCGUCUAUAAUGAGCAGUGUUUAUACUGUCAAAAAAAUAAUAAUCUGCAAUACAAUCGAAAUAGAAGUGUGUGCGUGUGUGUUUCUUUUUAAAAAGAAGUUUGCUGUUUAUGGAACUUAGUGAAAUGAUUAGAUAUGUGGUGGCAUGGCUUUGUUUAGAAAAUUGAAAAAAAUGCAAUUCAUAAUACUCAAUGACUCAUGAUAUGGUUUUACCUUAGCUUGAGCAGACCAUGCAGUAUUUGAUAUACGUAGUAACAUACUAUUUAGUCCUGAGGCUUGACGAGGUGCAAGUUUUUUGUGUGCAAUUUUAUCAUUUAUGCAUGUGACAAAUUUUACCCUCUUUAUCACUUUGUUUUUUUUUGUUUCAUUUUUAGCUUGUUCAGUGUCUACUUGCUUAUUUUAUACAUUCCGUCAGGGAGAUAAAAUGAAUUACGCGCUCUGUGCAUUUUUCUGUAUGCGCGUCAUAAAACAGAAAUUUUUUUUAAAAUGAAGUUGCUUUUCGCAGCACCAAAGAAUUUUCCUGUCAUCCCAUUUCCUAAGCAAGGUUAGCAACUUUGCAUAGACCUCAAGAAAAAUACUCAAAAAAAGGGGGUAGCAAACAAAGGUUAAUUUUAAAAAAAACUUUUUUCAGAAUUUCAAUAAAAAAGUUUGAGGCUAUGUUUUAGUUCUUUGGGCAAGUAAGAAGUUGUAACAUUUAUCUUGAAUGUAUUAUAGAUAAGCUGCUAUAUAAUGAUUGCCACUUCAAUUAGCUGUGAAAUAGGUGAUUAUUAACUGUUCUUACUUAGCCUUCUCAUUUCUGUAAGUCUGAUUACAUUAACUAGAAGUGGGUUUCGAUUAAUUUUGGCGUUACUGUUUGGAGUGUCUUUGUAACUACUGUAUUGUAAAUGAUGAAACUUUUAAUUGCUUUUGUUUUUAUUUUUGGGUGUGUGUUUUUGCAUCAGUAUUUUACCUUAAGUAACUUCGCGAUCAUCACUGCAUAUAAAUGGAUGUAUUGAUGUAACUUAAUUUUUACGUUUUCAUAUUGGCAUUGUGUUAAAGAAUCUGAAUCGCUGUAGCUUGCAGAAUUGACUUAACUUUGUUUCUUUUUUGCUAACGCAGUUUGCUGCUGCAAUAUAGAAUCUUUUAAUUAUUCACUGGAAACAGCAGCCAGUGUGCGGAACCUGAUUUCUGUAUACUUUAUUUAUAUUUUCUAAAUUUAAAAAAAACAUUAAAAGAUCCUAACACACCACUAAUAAACAGCACCAGUUUGACUUCAAUAAGCUAACUUUGAGUAUAACCAUUUUAGGGGAGAGGGCUGUAUAUCUACUAAACAAAGCAGUGUUUUAUUUAACAUUAGCCUUUAGUCAUAGCCACGGACGACAAUGUGCCUAAGCGCAAAGGCUUUUAAACCACAGAACAGUUGUACAGUUAAGUCAAAUUUAUAAAAUGUGUUGUACCUCUUGAAAAAUUUGGUGCUUUCUAGCAUAGUUCUAUUUUUAUCAAUAGACACCAUAGUUUGUAAAAAAAAACAAAAGAACUCUAAAUACAGGACUGAUAACUGAAGGGAAACAACUAGUGUAAGCUAGAUAGGCCAUAGCACUGUGGAAUGACAAUAUCAUGAUGCCUGAGUACUUCACCAAAGUGUUGCAUUCAGUUUUUUUUCUUGAGUUCUAUCCACUGGUUGAUGCCUUAAAGUCAUUCUUAAACAAGACACUGUGAAAAGCAGGGAUGGGCAUUUGGGGGCAAGAAAGUAAUAUAAUACCCACCUCAUUUUAAAUUUGGACAUUCAUCUUACGUGCAUAUUGAGUUUUAAUUUUAGCUAUGCUUAGAAAUCAAAUUCAGUGCCCUUGUGUAUGAUUGUGAAUGCAUUUUGAAACAAAAAACAUAUCUUAAAAGAUUUUGUCUUUAAUUGAUUUGAACCAAUUAGUUUUGAUGGGGUAGAGGCUCACAAUUGGAUGGAAUCUUAAAGCAAUCAGCAGUAUCAAUCUUUUCUUUCCUAGAACCGUCGUCUCCUUUAUCAGCUUAGCCCUUAAUUGACAGCAGUUCAAUAAAAGUUAAAUCAACACUGCAAGUUAUAGAAACCUGUUGUUUAAAUUACACAACAACGUAGACUUGAUUAUUCAGUUGGAACUGUUACUGUUAAAAAUUGUAGAUUUUUUGUGGCUUUUUGCUUUUGAUUUUAAUGCUACACUAGUUUGCCAUGUAGCAAUUGCACUGUGCAAUAUUUACAAUAUGAGGACUGGGAAAAUUUUUAUGGAUGUAUGUCUCUUACAGUUUGCGAUAGUAUUUCUUGCUAGUUCUCAGUGAUUUAAAUGUGACCAAGCCUUCGUACCUUGUCACAUAAAGCGGGUUUUCCAGGUGACUAUUUUGGUGAGUGUCAAAAAUAAGAGUUUAUGGUGUAUUAUUGUCGAGAUUCACUUUGAAUUAAAAUAUAUAUUGCUGCAGCAAA